AUGGUGAAAAAGUACGUCAAGAAGCUGAAGACGCACGAGCGACAUCUUCAUUUCGACAAACGUGAUGUUCUCCUGGUCUGCACGGCAGAAGAUACAUCCAGAUUCGGCAAUGUGCGCAAUACAGGGAUCGAAAGGGUCCUCUCACGCUUUGAGGAUCUGACGGAUCGGAAAGUGGCUGCCGUCCUGCGCACAAAGAAUAGGAUUGUGACAGAAGACGGACGGGCCUGGGUGGUAUCAAAACGGACAAACGGGUCUUUCGAAUUCUCUCACGUGAAUGCGCACGGCGGCUUGGAUGUCGCGAGAUGGGUGCCCUCGAAGAACAACCGCUCAUCGACAGGAGGCGCGAGUCAGCCUCGGACGCCCAUGACCGCCCGCUUCCCUUUGGAUUCAGAUGAUACCUUUCCCUCCUUCAAUUUCAGCCUUAUCGACCCGUCAAUGCGGCGUCAUGCUGUGCUGGCUACGCUGGACUCGUCCAGUCUGCAGAUCAAAGAUACUUACUAUGAGCCGGUUACAUCAACCUCGCGCAACCCUGAAGAGACGAGCGCGAAGGUGCUGGACGAGGCCACUAGAACCUUGAUACUUGCCACUGCUGUCUGGCUUGAUCUUCAUCUCGGGUG